AUGGCUGAGCACAAGUACUUUUUCAACGUCACCAUGUCCUGUGACGGCUGCUCCAACGCUAUCAAGCGUGUUUUGGGACGCCUUGAAGGUGUAAAGUCAUUCGACAUUCAGCGCGAGGCCCAGACCGCAGAUGUGGUUACUGAGGAAUCAGUCCCGUUCGAAAAAGUCCUACAGACGAUCAAGAAUACUGGCAAGAAAGUCAACAGUGCAAAGGCAGAUGGAGUGGACAUGGCGGUCUGA